CCAGCCCACAUACCCCGUCCCCCUGCAGAGCUGCCCACCCUCAUGGCCACUGCAGCCUCUCCGGAUGUAACAGGUACCCAGUCCGCCAAGGGGAAGGAAGUCGCGGCAGAGCCACCGAGUGCUCAGCCUGCAGAGGGACCCAGCGAAAAGAGCAGCCCUGCAGGAGACGAGCCCGCACCCGCCGACGACGUCGCAAACGGAAACGGCAACGCCAGCAUGACAAACCCCGCCGAGUCGCCCCCCAACCCCACAGACAGCGUUGGGCAGGCCCCAGCGCCUCCGCCGCCUGCCCAAGUGCAGUCCACCGAGUCCGUGCAGUCUCCUUCUGCGCACGAACGUUCGGAUGAGGGCGAGAAUGGUGCUGCGCGGAAAGACAAGGGCUCGGUGGAGAGCGAGCAGACUGGUACGCCGACGUACAAGGGCUCGUCGCCCCGCAAGGAUGCGAACAACCCUCACCCGGCUCGUCCGACUUCGCGACGGGCGAAGAACAAGGGCGGCCUGCUUUCCAAGCUGCUCCGCGUGCUUGUGCCUUGUGUCGGACCAUCGUCGCGCGCACACCCCAUCGACGUCGACGAGAAGCGCCCGACGGACCAGGCGCCUCCGUCGCCUUCGAAAACGAAUGAUGCCAGCACGUCGGCAUUGAAGGAGAAGCAGGCGGCCAAGGAGGCGGAGGACCUUCCACCUGCACCUCAAGAAGCUCACCCGCAGCAUUCGGCGGAGGCGACUGCCAUUGGCACCGAGACGUCCGCAGACGGCGCGGCUCGCUCUACAGAAAUACCCGCACCUUUGCAGCCCAUUGAAAUACCCCAGGCCGACGAUCCCAACGUCCUUGUUCCCCCAACACCUACCAAAACUCUGCCGCGCGAGGAGACGGAGGGCGUGACGUCAGGCGCUGUACAGCCGCCAGGGUCCACAGGUGGAGACAGCAUACGUGACCAUUCAAGGAGGAGUUCCAGGAACCUGAACGACGACUCUGAUGGUUCGACAAGCUUCACAGAGGACGAAGAUUUAGAUGAUGGGGGGACCCCCAUGGAUGAGAUCGAGGACGAAGAGGAACGUCUUAUCAUGCAGGGUGGCGCAGGAAUACCUAUAGGACCUGACGGCGUUCCUAGACCACUCCUUCCCCCAUUAUCUCCCAAGCACGCCGGGCGGAAAUGCCUAGUCCUCGAUCUCGAUGAGACGUUGGUACACAGUAGUUUCAAGGCCAUCUCACAGGCAGACUACGUCGUGCCUGUUGAAAUUGAGUACCACUGGCACAACGUCUACGUCAUCAAGCGACCGGGCGUGGACAACUUCUUGAAGAAGAUGGGCGAAAUCUACGAAGUCGUCGUCUUCACGGCAAGUCUGAGCAAGUACGCAGAUCCGGUACUCGACAAGCUCGACAUCCACCGCGUAGUUUCCCACCGACUGUUCCGUGAAAGUUGCUAUAACCACCGAGGCAACUAUGUCAAGGACCUCUCACAACUUGGGCGGCCAAUCGCCGAUACCAUCAUCAUCGACAACUCGCCUGCGUCGUACAUCUUCCAUCCCAACAACGCAGUGCCAGUUUCGUCGUGGUUUAACGACCCUCACGAUACGGAGCUCACGGACCUCUGUCCAUUCCUGACCGACCUGGCCCAGGUGGACGAUGUCCGGGGCGUGCUCGACGGCGGCCUAUAACACGGGGUACUGGUCCGGGAGUGAGGCCGCUCGGGAUAGGAUUUGGCUAGCUCAGGCUAGUGCAGCAUUCCGCGCCUUUCGCUCUCUCCAUGUCUGUCUGUGCAUGCUGUUCGUCUGUCGCGUCUUCGUAGCUCUUUCACGAUUCACACGAACGUCGACCGAGUGCAUCAGAUUGAGAAGACCCCUGUCCAUCCCUCACCUCCGGCGCCGCAACUGGACGCCGCGAAUCCAGCCACCCCCGCAUUCUCAUCGUACCUUGUGCAGUGCACAGGCAGCGACCUUGGGAUCCGGUCCGCCACCCGUUGUCCCUGUCUCCGCUGCACCGUCUAGACCUUUCCCUCGUUCGCCGUCGGCCCGCUUCUCCUCAAGUCUUCGUCCCCGGGCCUGGUCCCCACGCUCAAGCUCCAUGUGCCCCCGCACUUUCCUGUCCUAUGGUUGUUCAGUACAUACGCCGUCGCUCGUCCGUCAUCCAGCUUUCGUAUACCCCCGCAAUCCCGCAAUGCUUGUCAUGGUACACUCUACCUCUUCCCCUCC